AUGAGUGAAAAUGCUGACGAUUUGGAACAAACUCUAAUGUUGGCGGCUGCAGCAGCCGAUUCUCGACAAUACGAAGAAGAACAACGUCCCGGAAGCGUCUCCCCGGAGCCUCAACUCACCAGCAAUGCAAGUACCGAUAUUUCUUAUUAUAAUUCAACCAAAGAUCCCGAAGAAGUUACUAAUAAAGCCAACGAAAAUACUACUGAUUACGAAUCUAGUCCGGUAAGUAAGCCUUCAAGAACUAAAAAGAAACUUGAAGAUGUAAAAGAUGAAAAACCUGUCAGAAAGCAUAUCAAAACCGACUAUGAUGAUUCUUGUAGUCCCCACAAUAAUAAACUAGCUGAAACUGCCAGUGAUAGCAGUCAUGCUCAGGUAGUAGCCACUCACUACAACCUUAUAGAAGAAAAAGGUUUAGAUGAGAGAUCGAAAAGCCGCAUAGUACACAUGAGAAACUUUCAUAAUUGGAUUAAAAGUAUGCUUAUUAACGAGUACUUAACAAAAAUCAAAGACUCCAAAAAGCAACAUAAUCCUCCAAUAAGGGUGCAUGAUAUGUGUUGUGGCAAGGGUGGAGAUUUACAAAAAUGGAAAAUAGGAAACAUUACUCAUUUAAUUUGUAGCGACAUUGCUGAAGUUUCAUUAGAACACUGUAAACAAAGGUAUGCAGACAUGAAACGUAGAUCACAAAAUGAUCGUAGAGGCAAUAUAUUUUCCAUGGAAAUUGUUCCAGGUGAUGCAGGAAAAAUUAGACUAAGAGAAAAGUAUAAGGAUCCUUCCAUAAAAUUGGACUUGGUCAGCUGCCAGUUUGCUUUCCAUUACAGUUUUGAGAGUUUAUCACAAGCUGAAUGUAUGAUGAAAAAUGCUUCAGAAUGUUUGCUGCCAGGAGGGUUUUUUAUUGGUACAAUGCCAGAUUCCAAUGAAAUAAUUGCUAGAGCUAAAAAAUCAUCUAUCACAGGCUCAUUUGGCAAUGCUGUAUUAGAAGUAAGCUUGGAGUUUGACGUGAAUAAACCUCCUCUUUUUGGUGGCAAAUACAAUUUUCAAUUAGAUGGAGUGGUGAAUUGCCCAGAGUUUCUAGUACACUUUCCUGUUUUUGUAAAACUUGCUAAAAAAUUUGGUUUGAAGUUAGUUAAGAAGGAGAAGUUUAUGGAUUUUUUUGAGAGGGUGAAAAAUGAAGGAAGGCAGCUGCUUACUAAUAUGAGAGCAUUGGAAAGUUAUCCGCCAAACGAAGGAUGUACUUUAGUUGGAGAUGCUUCAGGUGAUUAUCUCCAUGCUGAAGAGUUUGUACAAAAAGAGGCCAGAGACAGUGGGAAAAUUGGUACUCUGUCCAAAAGUGAAUGGGAGGUUUCUUCUUUGUAUUUGACUUUUGUGUUUGAAAAAGUUAAGAGUACAUGGAAUGCUGAUGGAACUCCUUGUUAUGAUAUUUGA